UAGCAUUCGACCCGACAGUAACAGCGGUAACACUGGUAGUGCUUGUCCUAGCGACUCCUCCAUAAGAGCUGAACAAACUCACGGCAAACAACAGCAUUAUGGACAACAACCAGGUGAAGACAGAUUUCUUGGUUCCAAUAAUCGCAACGCAAAUAGUCGUCGUCUGCAAAUAUCACGAGCAGACCACUCUUCACACCAUCUCCUCCACAUUGUCACUUCCGAAGAGAAAGUUAACCAGAGUUUAAAUCUGAACACUUUCAAUCUACAGUGAUUACUGCAAAAAGAAAUUGCAACUGCUAAAGUAACAAAAAGAAUGUCAAAAAAGCAAGUGUGAGACAACUCUUUUUCUUGUCAAUGUGAGAAAUUUGAACUGAAAACUAAACUGAAAUUCAAAAGUAGAAUGAAAUUUGACUUUCUCCACAUAUUUCUGACUCGACGUAAAAUUGUGAGCACAUGAAGAAAGUGCGAAUCGCUGUGUGUGCAUGUGUGUUGUCUGUGUCUGUGUGUGUGUGAAGGUGUUGUUGGAGAAAGUUUGUAAUCUGAGGCCGAUAGGAUAUAUUCAAUCCGGAAUAUCCCAAUCCACUCAAACUUCACUCCACUCUCCGAAAAACCAACAUCCGAAAACUUUUCCCGAUCCAUCCACAUAUCGAACCGAUACAGUUAUCGUAGCAGCUCAACAGUGCUGCUUGGUUUGUGUGAUACUGGUCCGUAUAUUUUGACCAGAUCACAUUGCCAAACUUUGUCAAGAGCAAAUUGAAUAUAAUCAGAAAGAGUUUUACUUUGACUUUUUCUUCAAGUGUUUUUGAUCUCGGCAACGACGGAAUAAAAUACCGAAAUAACAACAAACAAUGAAUAGCGGGAGUGAGAAGAGCGAGGAUGGUGGGAGCAGCAGUCCUCCGUCCACUGGGGCAAGUGGGGGCGGGGGAGGCUCGUCGGGGGUGCCAUCGGGCUCAUGUCCCCAGUGCCGCCAGUUGCUGUGUUCAUGCGUCAAAUCUCCGGCGGACUUACUGAACUACCAAAGAUUGGCCCCAUCCUUGGUUUAUCACGGAGGAGGGUCGUCCACUCCCUCAAAUCCGUCGUCAAUGCCUAAUCCCACGGCGUACAGUCCUGACCAGGUUGCGUACCUCGCUGCAGCCGCGGCCAAUGCGUUUUAUACGAUGAACGGGGGUGGAGGAGACAUGAAAGAAGGAGGACUAGGACCUUGGGGUGGGGUUGGUUAUCCUUCCAUGGGUUAUCCGUACGACCCGCAUUUUGCUGUUGCAGCAGCAGCAGCUUAUCCUUUCAAUGGAUACGCCGUGGAUGUGAACGGGAGUCGGAGGAAGAAUGCUACACGAGAAACCACAAGCACGCUCAAAGCCUGGCUAAGCGAGCAUAAGAAGAACCCUUAUCCCACGAAAGGCGAGAAGAUAAUGUUAGCUAUAAUCACAAAGAUGACGCUCACCCAGGUCAGCACUUGGUUCGCCAACGCUCGCCGCAGAUUGAAAAAGGAGAACAAGAUGACGUGGGAGCCUAGAAACCGACCUGAUGAUGAUGACGACGUCGAUGUAUCAGACUCAUCCGAGACGGAAUCGCCCAGCAAGAAAAAUUCUAAUAAUCAAGAUAAUAGUGAGCGACUAGGAGGGAGUACAAAUUCGCAUCAUGUCCAUAGGAAUUCGUCCCCACUGUCGAGUUGCAGCGAAGGGAGCAAGGAGCCACCCCCCAAGGCUCGCAUCUGGAGUGUGGCCGACCUUGCCAAUGGUGGGUCAGGUGGGAGUCAUAGUGGUGGAGGCAGUGGUCGUCAUCAUUUGCCCCACCACCACCCGUCCCUCCCUGGCUCCGCGUUUAGCCCCCUCAGUCGACAUUCCGAAGCAAUCUACCGCGGACUGUACCCCUUGUCUCAUCCCCCAUAUCAUCACUCCUCCGACAAUCCAUAGUCGCAGACCCACUUCUUUUCUCCCCCUCCGCCUCUCACCCAUCAUCCAAUGUCCCCCCAAAUAUUGUGAUUUCAGUUCAUUAGCAGUAUUAAUUGUCCAUUGUAUCUGUACAGCAAUAAAUAAAAACUCGUUUUAUUACUAGUUUCAAAUAUCCGA